AAAAAUUCCAUCCCUCCGCAAAGUUUAUAACUUUUUUCAUUUUAGUAUAUUUUACAAAAUUAUUUCUCACUCAUAUUUGACUUAUCUUUUUAUAUCAUCAGCAUCUUUUAAAGACUUUUUCAUAUUCAGAUGUAAGGUCGGAAAAUCCCUUAUCGACAAGGGAAAAAAAAUAUUAAUUCUUCCUAUAGGUGAUGAGAAUGAAAUUCUUGUCACAAAAACAAGCAAAAAACUUUCAACCAUUAGAUCAACCCACAAUUCUCGAACCAGAGUUUCGAAACAUUUAAAACACACCAAUUCCCCACAAUCUUCCCGCCUUUAAGGCUGUAACUCUAAAGAUUGAAAGUGUACCCGCCUAAGGAACGUAUAUAUUCUGUAUCUUACAUCUACAUGUGAACAAAAAAAGAAACAAGUAAGGGUUACUGCUAAGAUAACUUAACUUGGCUUUAAAUCAGCUACCACCCACUUGUACCUGUCAUUGUUUGUUCCUUAUAAGUUAUAUUUCCAUCUUUUGUCAUUCUUCUGAUUCGUACCAACACUUAAUUUGUUGCUAAAUUAAAGAAAAUUAAGAUCUACUGAUAUGAUUGAACAAUGGAAGGUUUUAGUAAUGGCGGCAGUUACAGCUUUCUUGGCUUGUUCUGGCUAUGGAAACCAGGAGGGAAAAUCAGCAUUGGGAGAUCCAGGGAUGAUGAAUGAUGAUUUGAGAGUGGCUUUUGAAGCUUGGAAUUUCUGUAAUGAAGUUGGGAAUGAAGCUCCUCUUAUGGGUAGUCCUCGUGCAGCUGAUUGUUUUGAUCUUAUUACUGCCAAUCAAUCCUUCAAUUCUCUACCAUUUUUCAAUAAGAGAGGGAUGAGAGCGGAAAGUGGAGAAGGGGGAUCAUCAACAUCCAUAAAAAUCCAGCACAAAGUGAGUGAAGAACAAAACAAGCUUGGUGUAGGGACCCCAUUUCCAGGACUAAAAGAUGAAGCUCUAACAAACCCAGAUCUUUAUGCAGCACAAAAAGAACUCUACUUAGGAACACUAUGCCAAAAACAGGAUGAUUCACCCUGGCAAUUCUGGAUGGUUAUGCUUAAAAAUGGAAACUUUGACACAACUUCUGGUUUAUGCCCACAAAAUGGGAAGAAAGUGGGUCCAUUUCAGGCACCAGGCAGGUUCCCAUGUUAUGGAACAGGGUGUAUGAAUCAACCAGAUUUUUACCAUCAACCCACUUCAUUGUCGAAUGGUAAUGGAUUGGGUUUGGGGACCCUGUCCGGAAGCUUUAGGGGUACUUAUGAUUUGGGUUCGGAUAUUGGUAGUGAGAUUAUUGAUGGGAUUUCUUAUUAUGAGGUAAUUUGGGAGAAGGAAGUAGGAAAAAAUGGUAAUUGGGUUUUCAAACAUAAGCUUAAAACUUCAAAGAAAUAUCCAUGGUUGAUGCUUUAUCUUAGGGCUGAUGCUACUCAUGGUUUCUCUGGUGGGUAUCAUUAUGAAACUAGAGGAAUGCUCAAAACUCUUCCUGUAUCCCCAAACUUCAAAGUGAGAAUGCAUUUGGAUAUUAAGCAAGGUGGAGGACCCAAGAGCCAGUUUUACUUGAUUGAUAUAGGAAGUUGUUGGAAAAACAACGGUGAUCCAUGCAAUGGCGAUGUACUCACUGAUGUAACUCGAUAUAGUGAAAUGAUCAUCAACCCAGAAACCCCGGCUUGGUGCAGCCCUACUAACCUCGGGGCUUGUCCACCCUAUCACAUUACACCCAAUGACACCAAAAUUCAUCGGAAUGAUACUGCCAACUUCCCUUAUGGAGCCUACCAUUACUAUUGUCAUCCUGGGAAUGCAGAGCAUGCUGAGCAACCAUCUGAUUCAUGUGACCCUUACAGCAAUCCUCAGGCACAAGAAAUACUACAGUUGCUGCCUCACCCUAUUUGGGCUGAAUAUGGGUAUCCUACCAAGAAAGGCCAAGGUUGGGUUGGCGAUCCUACUACAUGGGAGUUGGAUGUUGGAGGCCUUUCUAGUCGGCUCUUCUUCUAUCAGGAUCCUGGAACACUGCCUGCUAAACGAAUAUGGAGUUCAAUUGAUAUGGGGACUGAAAUUUUCGUUAGUAACAAAGAUGAGGUAGCAGAAUGGACUGUCAGUGACUUUGAUGUUAUCAUCACAUCAUGAAUAUACAAGAGACUAAUGUAAGGUCUUUUGGGUAAAGUAGCAUAAGAAUAGUAUGUAUAAUGAAAUUAGGUCACAUUAAAGAUACAUAGAGUAUACAUUAAGUGUUGGCCACACCCAAAAAAGGGGGGCUUCACAAUCAUAAUUCUAUUAUGGCCAUGUCUUUUUCUUUUAUUACUAAAACAAAUGUGAUAUUUGCUCCAAUGUGAGCCAUCUUUUAUGAAGGCAUUGCCGCGCUCAAGCAAAGGUUCAA